AGGGUGGGAAGCCGUGGUGGAGAGGCGACCCUAAACCCUAAAGCCCGAGGCCGCACCAUCGAAGCCUCUCUUUCUACUUUACUUCAAGCAUCGCAUCGCUGCGGACCUCACCAUGGGUAUCUCUCGUGAUUCCACUCACAAGAGACGGGCAACUGGAGGCAAGAAGAAGUCAUGGCGCAAGAAGCGCAAGUACGAGUUGGGAAGACAGGGUGCUAUGACCAAACUGUCUAGCAACAAGACCGUUAGGCGUAUCCGUGUGCGUGGUGGAAAUUUCAAGUUCAGGGCGCUUCGUUUGGAUACCGGAAAUUUUUCGUGGGGCUCGGAGGCUGUGACCCGUAAGACCAGAGUUUUGGAUGUGGUGUACAACGCCUCGAACAAUGAGUUGGUUCGUACCCAGACUUUGGUGAAGAAUGCUAUCAUCCAGGUUGAUGCCGCCCCGUUCCGAACGUGGUACAGCCAGCACUACGGCGUCGAAAUUGGCAAGAAGAAAAAAACCGCUGCCAAGAAGGAUGCUGAGGAGGCUGAAGCUACUGAGGAGGAGAAGAAGAGCAAGCACGUUCUGAGGAAGAUAGCUAAGAGGGUGGAGAGCCAAAAACUCGACGCUCAUCUGGAGGAUCAGUUUGCCAGCGGUAGGCUGCUCGCCUGCAUUGCCUCUCGACCUGGUCAAUGUGGUCGCGUUGACGGGUACAUCUUGGAGGGCAAGGAGCUCGAAUUCUACCAAAAGAAAAUUCAGAAGAAAAAGGGCAAGGGGGCUGCUGUCUAGGCCCAAAUAUUUCUGAUAGUCAGCUGGUAGGACCAUAAUGAUGUGUAAAGCGUUAGCAAACUUAUGCUUUGAGGAAGUUAUUUGAAUUCUAUCCACGCAAGUCUUCUUGUGAUGAAAAUUCCCACGUAGAACUUA